UGCAGGCAAUGCAGUCAAUUUCAACUGAUGAUUCACUACCAGAUCUAGACACUGUUUCAUCAGAAGGCGGGGAAGCCGAACUUGGUGUUGAAGACCAAAAUGGUGAAACUGUAGACAGCACGGUCACAUACAAUGACGUGGAUUCAAGUGAAGGAAGUGACUUGUCAGUAUUUGACAUACCAAGGAAGUCCAACAGGAACCUUGUGUAUACUCGGAGUGACCAGCCACUCUCCCUUCAGCCUCCACCCCUUAGACUUGAGGCCGUGCGACAUUCAGAAAAUCUUCACGAGAUUUUGACCAGACUCGCGUCAGUGAUCAAUAAAGAACGACGGAACAAGACGUAAUGUAAUGUCAGGUGGCAUCAGAGCUUUCAACAGGCCAUCUUUCAACCCUGAAAAUGGCUUGUCUGUUAAGUUUGCUGGGGAAUAUGCAAUA